AUGCACUCACACCAUUCUCACAGUGGUGACUAUGUGGAGCACGCGUCAGGCACCUUGGAGCAAAUGGUAGCCACCGCCAAGGAGAAGGGCUUCGUUCAAUACUGUUUAACGGAACAUAUGCCAAGGUUGCAAGAUAAGUACCUCUACCCCGAGGAAAUUGAUAAGGGAAUGACUAUAGACAGCUUGAACGAAAGAUUUGAAAAGUAUUUGAAGCAUGCCAAGGAAAUUCAAGAACGAGAAAACGCUGGGAACACCAUCAAGAUAAUAAUAGGGCUUGAAGUUGAGGGCAUCGACGAAGCUCACAUCAAAAUGGUGGAGAGAUACAGACCGCAUGUCAAUAUGUGUGUAGGGUCUGUCCACUUUGUCAAGGGUAUACCAAUUGAUUUUGAUGAGCAAAAUUGGAGAAAGGCAAGGGAGGCAUGCGGCGGUUCAACUAGAGAAUUAUACAAGGAAUACUAUGAGCUACAGUACAAAGUGUUGAAAAUGUUGAAGCCUGAGGUGGUGGGUCACUUCGAUUUAAUAAGGCUAUUCAGGGUCAACGACUUGGAUGAAACAACUGGCAAGAUGCUUUCUGAUGUCAAUAUCCAAAACGAGUGGCCCGAUGUGUGGCAAUUGAUAGAGAGAAACGUCAAAUUUGCUAUUUCAUACGGGGCACUCUUUGAACUCAACUCUGCAGCUCUCAGGAAAGGUUGGGAUCUGCCGUACCCUAAAUCUGACAUUUGUUUGUUGAUCAAAAACUUGGCUGGUAAGUUUUGUCUUUCAGACGAUUCCCACAAAUAUGAACAAAUUGGUCUAAAUUAUCAUAAGGCAUGGGAGUAUCUCAAAUCUACAAUUAAACUGGAUUUCGUGUAUCAUUUGGAUUUAGAUAUUCAACGUAAAAUCGUGGUUCAGGAAAGUGACGUCAAUGUCUUGUCAAAGUCCCCAUUUUGGGACCAGUACAAAAUAUUACAAUUAAAUUAA